GUUUCAAAUGUACAAUUCACAUUUACUGCCAUUUAGCAGCUGCGUAUUGGGGGAAAUCCGCGCAAUCAGCUACCUUUGCAGAUGUUGGGCCUCAAAAAUGCAGGUAUAUUAAGUUAAACCUAUAAAAUAUCUUUCAGCGAUGAAGGAGUCAUCAGUUUGUCAAAAGCAUUACAGUCAGCAACACAUCUAACUAUUCAGACAACUUGGAAAUUAUUUAAGAUAAACUUUUAAAAAAAUAUUAAAAAUAAAAACACAGAAAUAAUAUUUUAAAAGAAUUUGAGAAUACAUAUUCAAAAGAAAUAUCCGCCACUAUGAGCAACAUCAGCAACGACAGUGGUUUGGAUGACUCUGCAAACAGUGGCGCCGUGGUGAACGCACAUGCUCCCUUGGCAGCCACUCGGCUGUCCUGGUUCCUGGCCGAAGUGGAUGACGGGUCGAUGAAGAAUGGUAAACCAAAUGGCCAGCCCCGCCUGUGCGUACUCCACUCCAUGGAGCUGCUAGAAUCGGAUGUAUCAGACAAGUACAUGACCCGUUUCGUGGAGUUCCGGGUCAAUGGAAUGGUGCUGGAGGCCAAACUCAUCCUGGCCGCCGAUGAGAGGCGCCUGGUCGAUGCUGCUCUGCUUUCCAUGAGCAAGGUGGAGCGCGAGGAUGCCAGUGCCCAGCAGUUGUUGGUCCAGUACACCGACAACGAGAAGUCGGGCGAGCGUCUGGUCCAGAAACUGGUCUCCCCGAACAAUGUGAUGUGGAUAAGCACAAAGCCCGAGCUGAAGGGUAAUCCCCUGGUGAGCCUGGCUCCCGGCUGCAUUGCCCAUGUCUUGUAUGCCUACGAAAGUCGUGAUUACAUGGAGAAGAUUCUACUGCACCUGAAAGCACGCAGUUUUGAUCUCGCUUUCGAUGAUAAUUUGGGAACCGAAACGGAGGCCAUGACCGAUGACACUUGGAUGCUGGUGCAAUACAGUCCUGAGCCGGAGAUGGUGGUCUACCAGGUGGUGCAGUACCGCCAAACCGUGUGGCGCAAGGAGAAUCUCUUCAAGGAUGUGAUUGCCUACAUGCAACUACCCGGCAGCGACAUUGUCCUGCAGGCGGUGGUUAUAAGCUAUGGCCAAGACAAAGAGGUCCAGGAAGCCAAGUUCGAGGAAUUGAGAAGAUUCUCUUUCGAAAUUGAUUUCCCCCUGCCCGAGGAACUGGAGAAGCAGCCGGAUCAUGGCACUUCCACCGCCCUCUUCUCACGCACCAGCUUGUAUCAGAAGGCGGAGCAGCGGGAUGCGACUGGGGAGCACAAGGAGCUGCGCAAAAGUCUGGAGCAGAUGAGCGAAAAGGCCCAGGGCGAGGCCCAGAUGAUCAUAGAUGCCUUCGACAUGGUGGACAAUAUCAACAAGAAUCUGCAGAGUCGGUUGUCCGGAGAAUUGCGUUCCGCAGUGGAGGCAACAUCCGGAGACGAACUGAAUUAAACUGAAAAACAUUUUAAAUUUAAUUUAUGUGUAGCUAGUUAAGUGAUUUCAAAGUUUAAAACUUACAUAGUUUACAUUAUUAAUAAUCCAAAUAGUCAUACAUUUACAAAGAGCUGCAACCACAAAGUAAAAUAAAUAUUUUUGUGACUUUGAAAUAGAUAAGUGGAUAUUUAAAAUAUUUCAAAAAUAAACACUAAAAUACAUAUGC